CAGGCUCCAACCUGUCUAAAUUCAAGAUGACCUUCCGUUACCUACGUAGUCAUAUUAAUCCUUUAUUUUGGCAAUAUGAUAAUUGUUUGAAGGUAUUGUCCCAAGUGUCUAUAUAAUAGGUAACAAAAUAAUUGAAAGUGAAAGUGAAGUAAACAAGUAGAUGAUGUGACUGUGCCAUGAAAGUUAAACUAAUAUUAACUCACUUAUGAAUGUGUUUAGCAGUUCAGGAAUUUAUUUAGACAACUUACUGGGAUAAUCGCAUAAAAGAAUCGAAAUAACGAUGUCUAUGGAAGUUGAGACCGAUCAUGAACGAGCUGAUGAAGCUGAAGAAGCAGCUGUUGCUGGCGAGGAGAACAUAGAUUGGGAGAAAGAUGAAAUUAUCAGUUUCCUAACGUACAACCAAGAAAUUUGCUUCAAAAAUCAACAAAGGUGGGAAGCUGAUUUGACAAUCCACGAAAAAUAUGAGAUUGCUCUCAAACUGCUCAAAGAGAAUAAAUUGCAAUUUCUAAUGAAAUUUGGAAAAUACUUGAAACAAAAUCAAUUGGGGUACUUCGAACAAUUCACCAAAAAUUUCGAGCCAGAUUCGAUAGAAAUCAAAGUGGUACUCGAUGAUCUUUAUGAAAGUUCUUCGGAAAAAAAUUCUUGUAAAAAAGUAAAGAAUCGAAGAUUCGAGGCUUUGAAGGAGAUGGUCGAAAAAAAAUCGUAUUUUUCUGAAAUAGAAAUGAUGAAGCGAAAUCCUCUCUUAUACGAACAACUUGUUGGGCAGUAUAUGACAGCAGAUGAGGUCAAAGAACGGGACAAAUAUGUGGAGGGAGAACAAACGCUUGUGACAAUAUUAAUGGAGGGAAUUGAACGACAAGACGUUGAAUUAUCCAGAAAGAAACAAGAAGAAAUUGAAGACAGUCAAAUGGAAGAAGAAGAAGAAGAGGACACUCCAGAUGAAAGUGAUAGUAGACCACCUACUCCGAUUCCAUCGACAUCCAGAUGGGGAGAAUUUGAGGAGGAUAAGGUAUAUCGACCCAAACCCAAAUCUAAACCGAAUUAUGUGAGCGCAACGGAGAAGAUACUCCUCCAAAAAGAAUUUGUGUCAUCAAUGUAUCAAAGUUUUUUAGAUGGUAAAGAUAAGGAAUUUGAUUAUGAAACUGUCGAUAAUAACUCGUUAUAUGAUAAUAUAAAGGAGAUGGAUAACGACGCAGAAGAGAAGUACUUUGCUACCGAUGAUGUGGAAGAUAACGAACACGUUGAAGAUAAUGUGGAGAGUUCUGAAGAUGAAUUGGACAUUUAUAUGAAUGCAUUGAAUCAGCAUCCCACUGUUUGCCAGUUGUCCAAUGAUAUGAAAAAGUUAUAAUCACGUCUGUGCUAAUAAAUAACAUGAAAGAAUGGUAAAAUGCA